AUUCAAAAUAAACAAAACAAAAACUGACAUAAUACAAAUGGAUUUAAUCAUACCAAAAUGAGACGUGUCAACGUGUAAGGAAAAAUACAUUUCGAUUUAGUUACUGAAUAAAACUCCCCCUUUAACAAGCAGUGCCGCGAGUACAGAAGAAUCUUCUGAUUCAAUUAAAAUGCAGAAAAAGUCUGAAACAAACUCUACUCUGAAAUAUAUUAGUUUAAUAACAUUAACUCUUCAAAAUGCGGUGUUGGGACUGAGUAUGAGAUAUGCUAGGACAAGAGAAGGAGAUAUGUUUUUGUCGUCCACAGCUGUGCUGAUGGCUGAAGUAGUUAAACUUGCUACUUGUAUAGUCAUUGUAUAUGUAGAAGCAGGGGGUGUAGUGAAAUUAUUUUAUACAAUAGAUCAACAAAUUAUUAAACAACCCACUGAUACUCUCAAGAUAUGCGUUCCUUCUUUUGUAUACCUUGUCCAAAAUAAUUUGUUAUAUUUAUCAGCUUCGCAUCUAGAUGCUGCCACAUAUCAGGUAACUUAUCAACUAAAAAUUCUCACAACAGCUAUGUUUUCUGUGUUGAUAUUAAAACGGCAACUUCAUCGUACUCAGUGGAUAUCUCUUCUUACUUUAAUAACAGGAAUAGUUCUUGUUCAGUUAGCUCAGUCAGAUGAUAAGAAGAUUAUUACAAAUGGCAUUGAGCAAAAUCAUUUUGUUGGUUUCAUGGCGGCAUUCGCGGCCUGUUGUCUAUCAGGAUUUGCUGGGGUUUACUUUGAAAAAAUGCUCAAAGGUAGUGAUGUCACUGUUUGGAUAAGAAAUGUUCAACUUUCCUUUUGUUCAAUACCAUUCGGUUUGAUUUCAUGUUUCUUAUAUGAUGGAAGAGUGAUAAGAGAAAACGGAUUCUUCUUUGGUUAUGACAAAUUUGUAUGGUAUCUUGUAGUGUUACAAGCCACAGGUGGAUUAAUUGUUGCCAUUGUGGUGAAAUAUGCUGAUAAUAUAUUGAAAGGGUUCGCUACAUCUUUAGCUAUAGUUAUAUCAUGUAUUGCUAGUAUGUAUAUUUUCGAUUUUGAAUUAUCCUUGCAGUUUGCUUUAGGUGCAGGAUUUGUAAUAUUUUCCAUAUUUUUGUAUGGAUACGUUCCUAAGAAACCAGAUAUUUCUUUAACAUAUAAAGUUUAGUGUUUCUUUUAAACUAAUGUUUGUGUCAACAUAAAAGGGAAGAGAUAUAUUUUUAUUGGCUUUUAAUAUUAGGAAGACAGUAUGGAUUUAAUGUCAUACCCAAAGGUUUAGCUGAAAAAAAAAACGAAUUUCCUCCCUGUUUUAGAUAGUUAUGUUAAUCUAGUCUGUGAUGAAAUUCCAUAUUUGUAAAAAUAGUAAUUUAUUUUGUAGUUGUUCUCAAGAUUAAUUACUAAUAUGUUUUCAACUAAGACAAUUCCAUUAUUAGUUUACCAGUUUUUAGUUUAUUUAUUUUUUAGUGACAUAACUCAUUUUUUAAAAGUCUUUGAAUAUAUUGAUUUAUAGCCAGACUAACAAAUGAAAUGCUUUUUCAAUCUAUAAACAUAAAGCAAUGAUCGAUUAACAUAAUCUUGACAGGCAUUGAUACAAGUAUGAUUAUACUUAGAAAAAAUAUGACAUAAUAAAUUUAUAGAAAAUGUACUUAACGUAGAUACAUACCAUAAUCAUAAAAAUUAUGUACAGUUUCAAGCCUUAAGUCCCCAGUUGAAAACUUUAACUAAUACUGGGAUGGAGUAAGCAUUUAAUAUUUAUACGUUAUCAACUUUUUAAGAAAAAAAAAACGAAAUUUAAUAAUGAAAAAUGGUGGAAAAGCUGCAAGUGUUAGAUAUCAUCCCCGAACACGAUCCUCCAAAUUCUUCAAAACAUAAGAUAAAUUAUAUUUCAACAAAUAUAUUUGUUGCAAAAAAAAGGGAAAAUGCGCAUAAAUUGUCGAUUAAAAGCAGUUAUUCAAUAAAAACACCACAAUUCCAGAAUUAUAUACACCAGAGAUAUCUGAAGAAUGCUGCUCUCAAUGGUGGUGUACUCGUAGGAAAGGUGAUCUAAUAUUUUUGUUAUGAGACUUAGUAUUUGUUGACCUGGGGGAAAUAAAUAAUACCUAAUAACAAAGCUUAUGCUCUAGAAAGAGAGGUCUCUUCUAUUGUGUUCAUUGUUUUCUAAAUUAAAUUGUUAUCACAUCGUUCCAUUUUUUUUUAUAUUUAUCUGUUUUUUUUUGUUGUCUUGCUUGCCAAACUUUCUUUACUUAUCUUGAAUUGCCCAUUCUGUACAUGUCCCCACCAAAUGACUGGUAUUACUCGAAGUUCUUCUCUAACACUAUCAUUUCUAAUUCUAUUCUCUCUUGUUACUUCAUUUACUCUUAUUAAAUAUUUUAUAUCUUUACUUUUUUUGUUGCUUUUGGGGUUUUCUUGUCACUUCUCUGUUAUUUAUGAAUCCGUUGACUAGAGCAGUGUUUCUCAACUGAAUUUACUCCAAGACCGGUAAAAUAUUUCGGCACGUUUGCGCGUACCGGUAAUAUUAAUAAUUCGACCCAAUGCACAAUUUUUCACAAAGAUAAAUCAUGAAGACAUACAUAAUUUUGAAAGCAUUUUGUUUGUUAUAAUUUACAUUUGUAUAUUCAACUUACUUAAUAUUGCACCAAAACUUAAUUAAAAUUCCAAGAAAAUUCUAACGUGAAUGAUAUAUUUAUGUUUUUUUUAAUUAAUAUAUUAGCCAAAACAACAAUGAGUCGAAAUGUGAACAACGUAAGUAGAUACCAAAUAAGCAAAAAAUAAUUUACCAAAAUAAA